GCAGACGUCACAGUGUGAGUGGAGACUGUAGUCUGCGCCCGUGGGACCGGAGAGCAGUGGGCAACAGGUGAGCCGCGCGCAGGUAACUGCUCAGGUGAGGCAAAGUUUAUCUCGCCCACAGCAGUGGAUGCCUGACGGUGGACCGCGCGCUAUGCGCUGGAGAGCUCAUAGGGAAGAUGUACGUGAGUUAUCUGUUGGAGAAGGAUCCGGGCAUGAACGGGACGGCCAGCCGGCAUCCCAAUUUAAACUUCAAUCAUCAAAACUUCCUCCCCGCGCCGCCGCAAUACACAGACUACAGCGCGUACCAUCACUUCCCCACGUUACCCGGAGGAGACCCAAAUCACGGAAAUCUCAGCACGGGCGGAUGGAACCCGAUAUACAAUCCUCCGCGUGAGGACUGGUCCGCAUAUGACCACGGGGCCAGUCACCUCAGCACUAACGCGGGCUCUGUAAGUUUAAACCCAAGAGACGGGACUCCCAUCUUACUGCCGGAGCAAAGUCUCGUGCAGUCUGUCACGGCAUCACCACCUGGGCAACUGUCGCCCGACCCGCAGCGCGCGGACUCCUACCAGUGGAUGAGGAGGAACCCGGCACUGGGAAACACAGCUGGAAAGACGCGGACUAAGGAUAAGUACCGUGUGGUGUACAAUGAUCAUCAGCGUGUCGAACUGGAAAAGGAGUUCCACUACAGCCGCUACAUCACCAUCCGCCGCAAGGCUGAACUUGCCCUCACUCUCGGCCUAUCAGAGAGACAGGUGAAGAUCUGGUUCCAGAACCGUCGGGCAAAGGAGAGGAAGAUGACCAAGCGUAAGAUGCAGCAACCGCAACAGGCCCCAUCACCUGACCUGGGUGACCACGGCAACAACUUUUCCACGGCAACCAGCAGCAGUGGCACCUCAGGCUUUCUGACGGACACCAUAACCAUGCGCAUCAAAGAGGAGUUCUAACUGCUGCAGCUUUUUUGUGUGUGUGUGUGUGUGUGUGUGUGUGUGUGUGUGUGUGUAUGUAUUUGGUUUACAAAGUAAAGAUAGACUGUAGUUCAUGAGUAAGCUGGCUAACCUGUUGGAGAGGGCGAUCUGGGGGAAGGGGCAAGAUGCUGUGAUGAGGGUGUGUGUGUGAUAAAAGUGUGUGUGUGUGUGAUGUAUGUGUGAUGAGGGUGUGUGUAUAAGUGGUGUGAUCUGGUACGACACACACGACAGGAAUUAUGAUUUAAUAGGUAGUAGCAUUUAUUACUAGUCUGGCUACAAGCAGUAGUUGAUUCUCCAAUAGCCAGAUACUCUGCCCCGGAUCUGGGCCUGAUCAGGGCCGGGACUCACCCGGAGGAUGAUGGGAGGAUGAUGAUGUAAGCCAGCUGGCAGGGUCAUAAUUGCUGGGUCAUAACUGCAGGGUUAUGUGGCCAGGUAUGAGUUAUAUAUAUAUCGAAUGAGUGAGAGAGGAACUGAAACCAGUUGGCCGAACAGGAAUGGAAAGAUCCAACCACAUUCAGGAACACACAUAUGCAGACGCACGCACACACUCACACACAUAUGCAGACACACGCACACACUCACACACAUAUGCA